AGCGGAGGUUGAGUGUGACUGGCGCGGUUUUCUGUAACUCAUAGUGGGUGGCUUAUGCCAUGCUGUCUCCAUUAAAACUUAUUCCUUAAGGUCCUGUUUGCCAUAAAAUGGCUCUUGUGGAUGAUGAUAUUAUAAUAUUAGAUGAUGAUGAUAUGGAGGGUGCAGAUGUCGUUCCACAUGAUUCAAAGAAAACUUGUCAGCUACUUUCACCAGAAAUCAAUGGAAAGAAAGGAGAGGAAAGCAAGAGGAAGGCAGGCUCGAUGAGCACAGAUAAUGCCAAGUUAUUUGAAGAGUUUGUAGAUUACUGCACCAGCCUCACCCAAGAGCACCCAGAAGUUAUUACUUUUCUCAGAGGUCGACUUUCCAAGGCCAGCCCUACUUUUUUGUCCUCUGUAGAGUUUCAUAACAUACUGAGUCGCUGUCUUACAAGGGUGCAGAAAAAACGCACCAAAGUCUACGUUUACAUUAAUGAACUCUGUACUGUACUUAAGGCCAAUUCAAGCAAGCGCAAGAUUAACUUGUCACCUGCCAAUCCUAAAACUCCCAUUGAAAAUAAAGUGGUAGCCAGUAUAGAAGAUGGGGAAAGAAAGGAAGAAGAGGCGAGUACAUCAAAGAAAUCUGGUUCCAAAGCACAAAUUCGGUAUCUUGAAAACCUGCUGCAUACAUUUUCUAGGGAGAUUCAAAAACUGCAGGAGAAAGAGUUAAGCCUUGAAGAACUGGAAGAUGAGGACUCGUCAUACAUACAGGAAUCCCGUCUUAAAAGAAAACUACUACGCAUCUUCCAAAAGCUCUGUCAAUUGAAGGGUUGCUCCAGCCUUACUGGUCGAGCAAUAGAGCAGAAGAUUAAUUAUUGUGGUACACGUUACCCGGAAAUUAAUCGCAGGCUGCAGAAGUUCAUUAAUGAAACUAGUGAUGGCUUCCCAGACUAUGGCGAUGUACAUCGAGUGAUACAGAAGGCCAAUGAGAAGGACGGUCUUGGUUUAACGGCCAAACAAAUGGAAGGGAUGGCCCAGGAUGCAUUUCGUGAGCUAGGAAAUCGACUGCAGGAAAGAAGGCAUCUCGAUCUGGUGUUUAAUUUUGGAAGCCACCUCACUGACAACUACAAGCCAGGCUUUGACCCUGCUCUCCAAGAUCCAUCUUUGGCUCGGCGUCUUCGUGAUAACCGCGGUAUAGCAGUAUCUCACCUUGACAAUGUUAUUAAGAAGUAUGCCGACAUGCAGGAUGAGGGAGAGGGUGAAGAAAGCAGAAAAAUAAAACAGGAGAAUGAAAGGAGUCCAAGCAGCUCCAGGGGAGGACAAAACUCUUGGUCAAGGGGAAGAAAGGUUUCCUCUCCAUCUUCCCAAGAAUCAGAGGAAGAUGAGUCAGUUGACUCAGAAACUGAUAUUGAAGAUGAGCUGAAACAAUGUGAGCAAUUGUCUAAUGAAGAGGAAGGCGAUGUAGAUGCAGAACCACCUGCUGUUGACCAAGACAAUGGGGUAGACCAAGACAUGGAGCCUGCAACUGAGUCAUCUUCUUCAGCUGAGGAGGACAAAGAAGAUGAAAAGGAGAUGAACGAAGACCAGAUCCAACAUGGAGAAGAUAAAGGGGAGGAAAGCGGGCAAAAAGAUGUGGUGGAUGAAACCAUAGUAAAGGAACAUGAAAAAAAUGAGUCAUUAAUCCAGUCUACUCUUUUGUCAUCUCAUGAGAAAAUGUCAAAAAUACAAGAGAUAAAGCAGGAGUUGCAUCCACCUCAUACCUCUUUCUGUCUUCCAAACCAAAGCAAAUUAAAAUUAAGUACUAUAGAACUGCAAAAUAACACAACAGAAUGUGGUAUUCAAGAAAAUAGUUUCUCCGAAAAGACCAGAAACUGCUCUGAAUUGCCAGAAAACGAGAACAGCCAGGCUCAACCAGUAGAAAAAGAGGGAUUGCCACAUGUUGCAAAUAAUGUGAGUUGUGUGCGUGAGGAAGUGCUUUGUUCAGCAACUGAUAAUCCAGCAGUUAUGGAGAGGACUGAUACGUCCACAAACAGGUCACCUGGGGACUGUUCCUUGCAGUCAGACUUGUCUGACUUGCCUAAAAACACGCAGAAUAACUUUCUUCCAGAAUCCAAAAUAAGGUUGAAAAGUGUUACUCAAGAUAAACAAAUACAAAACACUGAAGUAGAUGCCACACUAACACAACAAGUUUUGGAAUGUGCAGCAGGUUUGGGAACAUGUAUUGGGAAUAUAAAUUCAAACAAACCAAUUGAAAAAGGCCAUAGCACUGAUGGACCAGUUGAACAUCAUGAGCUUGAAAACAAGAAUGCAGAGAAAGAGAAUGAUGCAAUAUGCUUCAUUGAAAUGCCACCUCCUAAAAGCUGUGUAUUUGAUGGAGCACAAACCAACGAGGAGUUAUUACAUAGUGAUAUCAGCAAUGAGGCUGAGUUCUGUGAAGUUUCUGAUGUUUCACAUUUAAGUAGCAAAAAUGGAAUGACACAUGUUAAAAAGCAAAAGAAGACUGCAAAAUGUCUACAAAGUGGAACAGUGAGUCUAAUUGGGCCAUUCAGUGACUCUGUGAAGAAUGUAAGUAAAGGGGCUAGUUUCACAAGCAAGAAAAGAAAGAAGAGCCUGACACAGACCUCACUAAAAAAUGGGGAUGGCUCAUUCAGUGGUGCCGAAAAAGAGAGAGGAAAAAAAAUUAAGCGUCCAAGAAAAAGUUGCACCUUUGAUUUAGACAGAAGCAAUCAUUCUUCACCUGAAAUUUCCUUAGACUUGAUUGUGAACUGCAGUCCUCCAGAAUCUCCCUGUCCUGUAUCAAAUCCGUGUAUCAAGACUCAUGCCUCAACACAGUGUGACCCCGAUGAAGUGAUUGUCCUUUCAGACUGACUGUGAAAUUGGAACAAUUCAUUUAAGAGCAGCACUGACUAAAGGUUUCUUCUGCGGCUAUAUAUAUAUAUAUAUAUAUAUGUACUCUCUUCUUCGGAUUUUGAAAAAGCAUUGGGUAUUUUUUUUUUUAUAUAUAUUAUUCAUGUGUGGUAAGGAUAACACCUGGAUGAACUAUCUUGGCUUAAACCAUCAAUUCUGGAUGACUGGAUUUAUUUGGAGGCUUCUGGGAAGUUUUAUAUAUAUAUAUAUGGGCUAUGGACCUCGUAAAGAGGGUUAGAUCUUGGAGGGCUAUGUGCCCCUUCAGAUGUUUUGGGUAUAUCACAGGGAAUAUUUUGGAUAUCCCCUCCUGCAAACAAGCCUUUUUUUGGUUUUGUAAAAAAAACAAAAAAAACAAUAAAUUUGUGUUUUAUUA